UGGAUCGCCUUGAGCGUCUCCCUGCCAGGAAAUGCUCCGGUAGACACUGAUGGUGGCUCUUCCUGGCCAAGAAAUGCUUGUCUUCAAGAGCAAGAGAACCAUGGCACACCCUCGAGGGAGCACUGUAGCCUGCCUUCUGUGGUUUCUGCUGCUGUGGAGUGGGGAUGGCUGCUGCCAGGCCCAGCGAGCAGGCUGCAAAAGUGUGCACUAUGAUCUGAUCUUCCUCCUGGAUACCUCCUCCAGCGUGGGCAAGGAGGACUUUGAGAAGGUCCGGCAGUGGGUGGCCAACCUGGUGGACACCUUCGACGUGGGUCCAGAUCACACCCGCGUGGGGGUCGUGCGCUACAGCGACCGGCCCACCACUGCCUUCGAGCUGGGCCGCUUCGGCUCGCGCGAGGAGGUCAGGGCAGCGGCGCGGCGCAUCACCUACCACGGCGGCAACACGAACACGGGCGAUGCGCUGCGGUUCAUCACCAGCCGCAGCUUCUCUGCGCAGGCCGGUGGCAGGCCUGGGGACCGCGCCUUCAAGCAAGUGGCCAUCCUGCUGACCGACGGCCGCAGUCAGGACCUGGUGCUGGACGCCGCGGCGGCCGCGCAUGCAGCGGGUAUCCGAAUCUUUGCCGUGGGCGUGGGCGCCGCGCUGAAGGAGGAGCUGGAUGAGAUCGCCUCUGAGCCCAAGUCCACGCAUGUCUUCCACGUGUCCGACUUCAAUGCCAUAGACAAGAUCCGCGGCAAGCUGAGGCGUCGCCUGUGUGAAAAUGUGCUCUGCCCCAGUGUCCGGGUAGAAGGAGAUCGCUUUAAGCACACUAAUGGAGAAACCAAGGAAAUCACAGGUUUUGACCUGAUGGAUCUGUUCAGUGUGAAGGAAAUCUUGGGAAAGAGAGAGAAUGGAGCACAGAGUUCCUAUGUCCGGAUGGGAUCCUUCCCUGUGGUGCAGAGGACCGAGGAUGUGUUCCCCCAAGGUCUGCCUGAUGAAUAUGCCUUUGUCACAACCUUCCGGUUCAGGAAAACAUCUAGGAAAGAGGACUGGUACAUCUGGCAAGUCAUCGACCAGUAUGGCAUUCCACAGGUCUCCAUAAGGCUGGAUGGCGAGAACAAGGCGGUUGAGUUUAAUGCUGUGGGUGCCAUGAAGGAUGCCGUCAGAGUGGUCUUCCGAGGACCCCGAGUCAACGACCUCUUUGACCGAGACUGGCACAAAAUGGCACUGAGCAUCCAGGCUCAGAAUGUCUCCCUCUAUAUUGACUGCGUGCUGCUGCAGACACUGCCCAUUGAGGAGAGGGAGAACAUCGACAUUCAGGGCAAGACUGUGAUUGGCAAGCGUCUCUAUGACAGUGUGCCCAUCGAUUUUGACCUGCAGCGGACUGUGAUUUACUGUGACUCAAGACAUGCUGAACUGGAGACUUGCUGUGACAUCCCAUCUGGACCGUGCCAGGUGACUGUGAUGACGGAGCCUCCACCUGUGCCCCCACAGCCACCCACCCCCGGCAGUGAACAGAUCGGGUUCUUGAAGACCAUCAAUUGCUCCUGUCCAGCUGGAGAAAAGGGUGAAAAGGGCUUUGAUGGCCCUAUGGGGCUCCCUGGUCUGAAGGGAGACAUGGGAGCAACUGGACUGAUGGGCCCUCCUGGACCCAAGGGAGAGAAAGGGGACAUGGGCAGAGGACCCUUUGUACAAGGAGAAAAGGGUGAAAAGGGUUCCCUAGGCCUGCCGGGUCCCCCUGGGAGAGAUGGAAGUAAAGGCAUGAGAGGUGAACCAGGGGAGCUGGGAGAGCCAGGGCUGCCUGGAGAGGUGGGCAUGAGGGGGCCCCAAGGACCACCUGGACUUCCGGGGCCUCCUGGGCACAUUGGAGCUCCAGGUCUCCAAGGAGAACGAGGUGAAAAGGGAACUCAAGGAGAAAAGGGAAAGCAAGGCCUGGAUGGAUUCCCUGGGAAACCUGGGGAGACAGGAGAGCAGGGAAGACCUGGCCUUCCCGGUGUGGCGGGGCCUCAGGGAGAGAAGGGAGAUGCUGGACCUGCAGGACCUCCUGGUGUGCCAGGCUCUGUGGUGCAGAGAGAGGGCCUGAAGGGAGAGCAGGGUGCUCCAGGACCAAGAGGUCAUCAGGGUCCACAGGGGCCACCAGGAGCUCCGGGUCUGAUGGGUCCAGAAGGCAGAGGUGGCCCCCCUGGUUUGCAAGGUCUCCGAGGAAAGAAAGGCGAUGUGGGCCAGCCAGGGACCCCUGGAGCACUGGGUCUGCAGGGGCUCCCCGGGCCAGCUGGUGUCCCAGGACCCCCUGGACCUGGAGGUCCUCCGGGUUUACCUGGAGAGAUUGGCUUCCCGGGCAAACCUGGGCCUCCUGGACACAUGGGGCCCCCUGGAAAGGAUGGGCCUAAUGGACCACCAGGCCUGCCAGGAUCCAAGGGAGAACCAGGGGAAAGAGGGGAAGAUGGCCUACCUGGGAAGCCUGGACCUCGGGGUGAAGUUGGGGAACAGGGCUUGGCAGGAAGACCAGGAGAGAAGGGAGAAGCAGGUCUCCCAGGCACUCCAGGCUUCCCAGGCGUGCGGGGAGAGAAAGGAGACCAGGGAGAAAAAGGUGAACUGGGACUUUCUGGACUGAAAGGUGACCGAGGUGAAAAGGGUGAAGCUGGUCCAGCAGGCCCCCCUGGUUUACCUGGAACUACAUCCUUGUUCACACCACACCCAAGAUUGCCAGGAGAACAAGGACCUAAAGGAGAGAAGGGUGAUCCUGGCCUGCCUGGGGAAGUGGGACCACAGGGCCAUCCUGGUGAACUGGGCCCUCGGGGACCCACUGGAUCUCCGGGUGCCAAGGGACAAGAUGGCACACAGGGUGCUCCUGGAGCAGCUGGAAGCCCAGGUACUCCAGGACCCGCAGGACCCCCAGGUCUCAGUGGCCUUCCUGGAAGUGUGGGCCCCCCUGGUGUCAGAGGCCCCCCUGGGAAAGAUGGGGAGCAUGGUGAGAAGGGAACAGCGGGGGAAGUAGGGAGCCCAGGGCCAGCUGGACCCCGGGGUGAUCCUGGUGCUCCUGGACUCCCUGGGACACCUGGAAAGGGCAAGGAUGGCGAGCCGGGACUUCGAGGAGCACCUGGAUUACCUGGACCCCUGGGAACCAAAGGGGACCGAGGAGCACCUGGGAUCCCUGGGUCUCCUGGCAGCCGUGGAGACCGAGGCAUUGGGAUUGCCGGCCCUCCUGGCCCUUCAGGACCACCAGGAGACAAAGGGCCCCCGGGAUCCCGAGGAUUACCUGGGUUGCCCGGGCCCCAGGGACCAGCUGGCCAGGACGGUGCACCAGGAAAUCCAGGAGAAAGAGGGCCUCCUGGAAAACCAGGCCCUUCUUCACUACUGUCUCCAGGGGACAUAAAUCUGUUGGUUAAGGAUGUGUACAAUGACUGUCCUCCUGGCCCCCCAGGCCUUCCUGGUCUGCCAGGUUUUAAAGGGGACAAAGGUCUCCCAGGAAAGCCAGGGAGAGAAGGCAUAGAAGGGAAAAAGGGAGAUGCUGGGCCCCAAGGCCUUCCAGGGCCCCCUGGAAUAGCUGGACCACAGGGAAGCCAAGGAGAGCGUGGUGCAGAUGGCGAGGUUGGACAGAAAGGUGAUCAAGGUCAUCCUGGAGUUCCAGGUUUCAUGGGGCCCCCAGGGAGCCCUGGGCCACCAGGAACAGAUGGAAUUGCAGGAGCUGCUGGACCACCAGGUUUUCAAGGGCCACAGGGGAAAGAAGGUCCUCCUGGUCCACAAGGCCCAUCAGGAAUUCCUGGAGUCCCCGGAGAAGGAGGCAAACCGGGCAGAGAUGGAAAGCCAGGUCCCCCUGGAGAGCCGGGCAAAGUGGGAGAGCCAGGUCCACCAGGAGCAGAGGGUGUCCGAGGCCCACCUGGCUUCAAGGGACACACAGGUGAUUCUGGCCUACCUGGUCCCCGGGGAGAACCGGGUGCUGCUGGGACCCCUGGCUGGGAAGGGUCACCAGGAAAAGAUGGUGACAUUGGACCUGCAGGGCCACAGGGUCCCCGGGGACCAAGGGGCCCACCGGGUAGCAAUGGAUCACCAGGCUCCCCAGGAGACCCUGGCCAUCCAGGAACUCCAGGUCCAAAGGGAAACAAGGGAGAAAAUGGCAGCCCAGGACUUCCUGGCUUCCUGGGUCCCCGUGGGCCUCCGGGAGAAGCAGGAGAGAAAGGAGUUCCAGGAAAGGAGGGGACCCCUGGGAAGCCUGGAGAGCCAGGAACCAAAGGAGAAAGGGGAGAUCCCGGGAUCAAAGGGGACAAAGGACUUCCUGGUGGGAAGGGCCAGCCUGGAGACCCUGGGAUUCCAGGUCAUAAAGGCCACACAGGCCUUAUGGGCCUCCAAGGGCCACCUGGAGAGAGUGGACCAGCCGGGCCCCCGGGGCCUCCAGGCCAGCCAGGGUUUCCAGGACUGAGGGGCGAAUCUCCAUCCCUGGACACCCUGAGGCGGCUGAUUCAGGAAGAACUUGGGAAGCAGCUGGAAACCAAACUCGCCUACCUCUUGACCCAGAUGCCUCCAGCACACGUGAAGGCCCCUCAAGGCAGACCUGGGCCCCCAGGUCCUCCUGGAAAAGAUGGGCUUCCAGGCCGAGCAGGCCCCACUGGGGAGCCAGGCCGACCUGGCCAGGGAGGUUUAGAAGGACCCUCGGGACCAAUAGGUCCCAAAGGUGAGCGAGGAGCCAAAGGUGACCCAGGUGUACCUGGAGUUGGACUCCGAGGCGAGAUGGGACCCCCUGGAAUCCCAGGUCAACCAGGGGAACCUGGCUAUGCUAAAGAUGGACUUCCAGGGAGUCCUGGCCCUCAAGGGGAGACAGGACCAGCUGGACAUCCUGGCCCUCCAGGCCCACCCGGUCCCCCUGGACAGUGUGACCCUUCCCAGUGUGCCUACUUUGCCAGCCUUGCUGCCCGGCCGGGUAAUGUGAAGGGCCCCUAG